GCGACGCUUGUUGGGAGUUUAGACAAGCGGAGGGAGCAAAAUGGCGGACGAAGAUAUUACGCUUGAUGGGAAACCUCUACAAUCGCUCCGGGUCGCGGAUUUAAAAGCCGCCCUGGAGCAGAGAAACCUCUCGAAGAGCGGGCAGAAGAACACGCUCGUCAAGCGGCUGAAAGGGGCUCUGAUGCUGGAAAAUCUUCAGAAGUCGUCGUCCUCCCACAGUGGGCUGCAGCCCAACUCACAGAUGGGUGAGGAGAUGAGCCAGAAUAGCUUCAUAAAACAGUACCUGGCCAAACAGCAGGAGCUCCUUCGCCAGAGGCUGGAGAGAGAAGCCCAGCAAGAUGACGAGGCAGACGAAAGCCCAGCGUUGCCAGAGGAGGAUGACGACCACUCGGAUGACAACGACAGCUCUCCGUACGUCCCUGACAAGAACCGCUCCAUGCUCUCUCAACCCUCAAUGACCAGGGUGGAGCAGGGAGGGGGAGAUUCAUUGAUGGCUCACAGGAUGAUGGCACGCGGUCCUGACAUGGGCCCAGGUCCUAACCUGCACCCUCAGGAGUCACUUGAGGCCCCAGGAGCUAGGAUGCAGCGAGCCACCUUUCAUCAAGGACAUAAGGAGCCACCGGCACCCUCUCCUCCCCGCGCUGUAGCCUCCCUGUCAGUGCGUGUCCUGGGCCAGCCGGACCGCCAGGGCCUGCCCCCUGCCGUACCACGAGCCCAGGAGAAGGAGGGCACCGCACCGAGCGAACCUGGAUCAGCUCAUCCUGUGCUCCACCUGAGCCGAUCCGCUGGGGGCUCUGCAGGAGGUCACGUCCACGAAGAGAAUGACGAAGACGACAGCGGCGAUGAUGAAAGCGAGGAUGACGACGACUGGGGACCUGGUCCUGGCGGGGCACGGAGGGGCAACAGAGCGCCUCCCCAGUCACAGCAGAUGCCCCCUAGUGUCCCAUCAACAGUUGCAAGAUCCAAACGCAAGCUUCAACCUCCACAGCACAUCCCACCACCACAGGCACACCACACCCCGAUGCAACUGCGCCACCCCACUCCUCCUCCCUCUCCACCUCCUGAUCUGUUCCCCCUGCCUGACACUCCCAAGCAGAGCCCCCCAGAUGACCGGGAGGGAGAGGGCCCUGAGGCUGCACGUGGUCCGAGGGCGGCACCUUUCCAAGCUCCCAAUGUGCAGCGUCAAGACUCUGAUUCAAGCUCUCGUUCCAGCAGUCCGGAGCCUCCUGUGAAGCGCAGGCCAGGGCCCCUGUCUCUGCUCGUACACAAGAUGGAGUCAGAGGGGGCCUUCCAUGCGGUGGAGGCCACAUCAGCUAUAGAUAUGUCAGGAGAGAAGGCACACUCCUCCACUGGGCCUGCCAGUUCCGCUGAAUCUCCACUGCAGAAAUUAGAGAAAAAGAGGCUUCAGGAGAACCGAGAGAUGGAGGAAGAGAAGCGACUGAAGGAGGAGAAGGAGAGAGAACAACACCAGGAGCAGGAGAGGCAAAGAAGGAGGCUACAAGAGCAGGAGAGAGAGAAGAAACGCUUGGAAGAAGAGAAGGAGAAGGAGAGGAAACGGCUGGAAGAGGAGGAGGCGCUGCGUCAGAAGGAGGAGCGAGAAAAAGAAAGAAAACGUCAGGAAGAGGAACGGGAAAAGGAGCGAAAGCGCCAGGACGGGGAGAAGAGGAGAGCGGAGAAUCUGCAAAAGGAGAAGUACAAGGAAGAGGAGAAAGCCAGCAAAGGCAGAGUGGUUGUGACUGAGGCCCAAGAUUCAGAUUCCUCAUCGGACUCUGACUCCAAAUCAGACUCCUCUUCACGCUCAUCACGGUCCUCCUCUUCCUCCCAGGAUAAAACUCGCCCUGCCAGGCAGCUGAAGAAGUCUGACCAAGGACAGGAAGCAGAGGAUGAGAAAAAGACUAACCUGAGUAUGGGGGCAGAGAAACGAUACCUCUCAAAAAGGGAGGUGUCGGAGCCCAGCGCAGCCGCCGUGACCGAGGUGGAACCGGAAUCGGAGAGCUCCAUGGCCCAGCAGCCGCCCUCCGGGGCCGAGCCAGAGAACAGCGAGGGCCGCCUGGAGGAGAGCACCACUCCUAAGGCUUUUGCUGCUCGCAAGAUAUCCCUGACCAGCAGUAAGACGUCGCCAGCCACCACAGAUGGAGGCGCGGGAGACGCCGAGACAGCGACCGCAGCAGGGAGGAAGAGGCGAUGGGGCUCCAGCACGUCAGUCACUGCUAAGAAGCCAUCCAUCAGCAUCACCACCGACUCACUGAAGUCUUUGAUCCCGGACAUCAAAGUGAACCAGGAGGCGGUGGUGGAGCUGCACCCAGAGGAGCUGCAGCUGUCUGGGGACGAGGAGAGCCUGGACGCCGCUAGGGACGACCAGGACAAAGGCCUCAAGAUCCGGCGCACUGUCACGCAGAUUGUCCCAGGUGACGGCCAGGAAAAUGGACAGACAAAUGAAGAGGAAGAGGCGGAGAAACCAGAGAAAGAUAAACAGCGCAGGACUUCCAGAGACAAGAGGAAGAACAGCGUCUCCGAGGAAGCCUCAGAAACGCAGACAUCUGUCAACCUCGAUGGAGAGGCAAAGAAAGUUACCCCCAGCGACAGCGUGGUGCGUCGCUCCAUAAGCCAACAGAAGUCCGGCGUGUCCGUCACCAUCGACGACCCCGUCCGCACGACCAGGCAGCCCUCGCCACCACAUGGAAAAAUCUCAAAUAUCAUCCACGUGACCAACCUGGUACGACCCUUCACACUGGGCCAACUCAAGGAGCUGCUGAACAGGACGGGCAGCAUAGUGGAAGACGGCUUCUGGAUCGACAAGAUCAAGUCUCACUGCUUCGUCACGUACGCCACUGCAGAGGAAGCAGUCGCCACCAGAGCUGCCCUUCACCGGGUCAAAUGGCCCAUGAGCAACCCCAAGGUCCUCACCGUCGACUUCUGUGAGCAGGAUGAGCUCGACUUCCACAAAGGCGUCCUGAAGCCAGAAAACGAGAAGGACCAUGUCGCCCAGCCAGUCGUUCCUCAGAACCGGCUGCCCCCUCUGAUGCCCGAGCGAGACCGGGACAGGGAAAGGGGCCGCGACAGAGACAAGGACAGGGAGCGCGACGGGGACCGGGAAAGGGACCGAGGCGUGGUCGGAGUGCGGGACCUGUGGGCGGAGCGCGAGAGGGAGAUGCAGCGCAGAGAGCGAGCCCGCGGCGAGCGGGAGUGGGACCGGGAUAAGGUCCAGGAAUUCGCCCGACCGGGAGAGGAUGGACGACGAUCGCGAUCCCGAGACAGGGAGAGGAGGAGGAGGGAGAGGGGCAAGAGCAAGGAGAGGAAGACCGAUAAGAAGGAGAAAGGCGACGAGCCUCCAGCCAAACUGCUCGACGACUUGUUCCUCAAGACCAAAGCAGCUCCAUGUAUAUACUGGCUUCCCCACACUGAGGAGCAGGCUGCGCAGAGGCUUUUGGACCGCACAGAGCGGCAAAAGGAGCGCGAGCGGCGACACAAGGAGCAGCAAGAGGAGGAGGAGAAGAAGCGCGAGGAGGAGAAGAAAGAGAGGCUCAAGGGUCGAGAGAAGGAAGGCGGCUCGGUGGCGAGCGGCGCGGCAGCCGGCCGAGGAGCCGACGGGGAUCGAGAGAGGGACCGCGGCCGGGACAGAGAGGGGGACAGGAAGAGGGACAGCGGCCACGGGCCCAGACGACCCUCCGCCAGCGCCAGCGGGGGACGCCGCUCUCGUAGCCGGAGCAACCAGAGGGACAGACGCCGCUGAGGGCCGAGUGGCUGCGGGGAAAGCUGAAGAGAGAGACGGGGUAGAGGACGCCGCAGACACGAAGUCUUGGGAGGGAGUGUUCCCACUUCUGGAGAUGAAUUUCUCUUUCCUCCAGUUCAGGACUGGUGUCUGCUCCUCGCUACCUGCCCCACCGUGCUUUAAUACGUCCACUUUGACGCCAGCGUUGUCUUCCACACACUUCUGCCAUUUCCCCCACAUCUCGUCCACGUCAAUUAACACAGAUAAAUGUUUAUUACAUGUUUUACUAGUAAAACUAUGGUGCAUCUAGCUCCGCCCCCACCUCCCCUCCUCACUCUUUGGUUCUCUCUCUGUCUUCCAGAUGCAAAAAUUCAGUCCUGUCCCUCCUCUUCUCCGUGUAGUGCUGUUAAUUCUCUCUGUUGAAGAAAAGAAGCAGAGAAGGGUGGUGUUUUUUUUUUUGGGCUCGCCUCAGCAUUUUGUCCCUCUGAGGUUUAGGAGCCCGCCUCUUUAUUUUAGUUCUGCGGGUGCACAGUUCCUUCCGCCUCAGAGCCCUGUAAUAAAACCAGUCCAAAAUAGAUCCCUGACCUACACAUAUUUUCUAGGAUCAGUUCUAGUGUUCCUCUCUUCAGCACAGAGAUUUUUUCUUUUCUUUUUUAUAUAUCCACGACUAAAUUUACCCAACGUCUUUGUCAAAGUGAGGAAAGCUGUUCUGUUUUUUGAAGUUUUAAUGAAUCCUGUUAAUUUUUUCCAGCCUUGGAUGGUUGUUGUGUGCUUACAGCAGGGGGAUGUUUUUGUGUGAGUUCAUCUCCCACAAAGAUACAACUGGUACUGAAGUCUCAACACUGUAGCCUAGAAAAAUGUGUGCGAUAAGAGGAGACGUUAUCUUACGUGUUGUGGUGAUGAUGGAGAAGCGCAAACGCUUGAGUUCGUCUUCUCCGGAAGACCGAAGCUCUCGUCGAGUGGAGGUUUACUCUGUAAUCAUCUCGGGAAGCCGACGUUCCCUGCACUGGUGUCCAUUUGGAAAUCACUCCUCUGACCCUCCAAUCAUAAAUGUGUAAGGAGAUAACAAAUGGGUUUACCUUAUAAUAGAGAAAUAGUUACAAUUUUAAUAUCUUUAAUCUUAUGUUUUUAGUUAAGCGGUUAUUUUGUUUCGUUUUCCUCCUCAUGCAAGUGCUGAAUGUACCGAGAAUUUAAAAAAAAACAAAUAAAUUUAAAAUUGAUAA